CCUCUCCUAUGUUAUUGUUCGUUUUGGGGCCCUUCCUACCAUGAUACUGGACGACCAAAAUGAGUGACAUAGCUGUGGUUGCUGUCCCAAAACCUGAUUCUGCAAAUGCACUAUGAAAAGUUUUGCCUACUGAAUGUUCUGCUCCGAAGAUCUGGGCUCAGAGUGGUAUUUCCGAGAUUUUUUUUUUCCCCCCUUCAUAAUGGAUUUUGAACAACUGCCUCAGUUCUUGUUUCAGAGUUGGCUGCUCACUGUAUUGUCACAAGGCAGAAAUUUCAGUACAAAAUAAGUAGAUACUAUGCAUGAAUGUGUUCAAAUACAACUUACUUUUUUUUCAGUCCUAUGUCAAGGAUGUGUAUUUGCAAACUGUCUUUCUCAUCACUUGUGAGAAAGAGUGGCUAAGGUGGCAAAACACUGGGGGGAGGAUAUGAGGUAAAGGAGCUCUCUUUAUCUUACCCAGCUUUUGUCUCAGAGCUAAUUGCCCCUCUUGUGAGCAGGGACAGCUCCCAAGAGCUUCUGGGGCGUGGAGGAGAAAGAUAUGUUGGAUCCCCAGUCAACUCUCUCAAUGAGACUUUUGAAAGUGUUUAUAAUGGUUCCUGUACUCUGGGUUAGACACAUGGGAGAAAUAAACACCAGGUAAUCUCAAGAGGUCAAAAUAACACAAAAGUUUACUGGCAAACUUUUGAAAAAGCUGGAAACCUUGGCUAAAGACCUAGUACAACAUCUGAUCAAUAUAAAGCAUUUCUCACAGCAUUAAUUUAACACGUCCAACUUAGCACACUUUAAACACGUUCUAUUAAGUUACUGUAAAUGGUCCUAGAAGAGGGAAUUAGAAGAAGGAGUGAGGGACAGAGGGGAUACAGAAAAGCACACAUAGCUACCAAUGCCUGUGUUCCAGCAGUGUUCAGAUACGGACUUCAAAAGGAAGGUAGGGUCAAGACGUGCUGCACCAAUGCUCAGCCUUAGAAGCCACAGGGCCUUCAUGGGCUCUGCCCCCAGGUGGAACUUCUGCUCAUUUGGCCAUGCAGGAGCUGGGUUAGGCAGAGUGGAGCCCUGCCCCUUGUGUGCCAAUGCAGGGCUGGAAUAGAGGCUGGGGGGUUUGGGGGCAGGGCACUGCCUCACCAGGGCAAAGCUUGGCCUGCUCUCUGACACACACACAGACAUCCUUGAAUGUCUCAAGAAAUCAGUCCUUCCUGUCUCUGGCAGGCACACGCUGCUCUUCAGAGACAGGGCUUGAGAGGGGCAGAAAACCAAUUUUUUUUUUUUUUUAAUCUUGCUGAGAAAAUGCCAAGCAGUGCAUUGAAAAUGUGCAUCUCUGAGGGGCUCGGCCAGCUUGGUGUUUUCAUGUUGAGGUUCUCAGACAUUGGGUCAGCAAGUAUGAGGUGGAGAAAGAAAUCCUGGGGUCCCAAGGAUGGGUGGCUAGGAGCUGUUAAUUAAUUGAAGUGAUUUGACUUGGGGCAAAGCUCAUGUGGAGUCUUGGAGGUGGGUAAUGAGAAAAAAAUGGGUGUGCAACUGGUCAGUUACUGUCUAGAGAGAAGGAGAAAGGUGUCCAGGACCAGGAUCUGAUGUGAAUUUUCUUCUGGGAUGAUGUGGGUUUGCAGAACUCUGCCAGACUGUGGGAUGCAUUUCAGGAACUAGAAACUGGUGGGAGCUGGUAGUAUGAUGAGUAAUAGCAUCUCUGGGAAGUAGGUGCUGCUGGGCUUUCCUGGCACCGGGUGGCCUCCUUGCCUGUGCCUGUUCCUGCAGUGAGCCCAGCACCCGAGCUCUGCAGUUCUGGGAGCUGUGUGCUUUAGGCAGGAGCCAAAUCCGCUCUGGGGAGGCUGUGCUGACCCAGAACUAGUAAAUCCUCCUGGGUACAAGCUGAAUGUCUUUGCACUGUGCUCUAUAAUAACAGCAAGAUAUUAGCCAGGUGUCUGCAUUGUUGCAAGAAUGUCAGAGUCCCCCUGCUCCCUCAGGCCUGGUGGUUACAGAGAGUUCCAGAUAAAUGGCUGAUAGUUAUGUGGAACUGGCAUCCAAGCAGCUGGCAUCUAAUAUAACACAUGCAGGAGCUGGGUGUUCCCGUCCUAGAAUGUGAAAUAUUAGAACUAGGACAAAAAAAUAGCACUAGAAUAGUCUUCUUCCUCAAAUUGUGCCAAAGCUAACCUAAAAAAUGGUAAUGUGGUAUACGAUAACUUCUGCAAUUUCUCAAGAUUGAAUUGAUGGCAGUGAUGUCCAAACUCUUUAAAGGUGUUCACACUGUGCACUUUUCUGUCUUGGUGAACAGAAGAGUCUCCCAACAGGUCUGUUCUGCAGCUUAAAUCUUUAUGCUGUUUCAAAGCUGGAUUGGGCAGGUGAGUGUUCCCAGCUGUGCUGCAGGUGCUGCCCACCGCUGCUGCAGAGGAUUUGGCUGUAGAUGAGCACAGACAUUGUUUGACAGGAUUGCAGGUGCCGGAGUUGGGACCUGAACACCCACUCACAGGUGAGUGUGGCAGGACAGACUGUUCUGGGUGGAAAGGGGCCCCUGAUGGCGUCCUCUGAGAACUGCCCUGCAAGCCAAAACUAAGCCAAGCUCUUUUUUUAACUAGGUAAUUAUGUACAGUAAUAAUUAUGAUAUGCAAUUAUAUGCUGGUAUAUAUCAUGUAUGUACUGUCUAAGACAUUGGGAGUGUCACAGUAGCCACAUUAACACAGAAGUUGGCUUUUACCCAAGCCUACUUAUUUUACAAAAUGAUGUCACUGUCUGGUGGUAGCUCUUCGCUGUUACUGUUUCAGCUCUCUAAAAUGACUUUUAUGGCCCAGACACUGUCCCCAGCUUGCUUGUCCUGAGACCCCAGGUUCAGUCCUCACCCCAUCAAGCUGCAAAUAGUUGGAUGCACUCAAAGAGAAACAAAAAGCAGCCCCAGAGGGUGGAGCCUGAGCACUUGCUGCAGGCAGGAGCUGUUCUACUUGCUGUGGUCGUCACCAGCAUUUUGCAAUAGGCUGACUUAUGCUCAGAUAACAUGUAAAUUGUAUCUGAGUCUUUUUCAUGCUUGGAUGCUAUAGCACUGCUCAGAGCAGACCUGAGUGUUGCCAGAGUGCAGAGCUGGCCACUGGUGUGGUCCAGGUUCUGGUGCUCCAGCAUCGCACUGCCGGAGGGCAGCUGGAUUCUGUAAGGUCUCUCUGCCUGGGCUGCAGUCACCUAACUGGGGCUGCCAGGGACUUCUGCCAGCAUUACAUUUGGACCUCUCUGGUAACAGAAGUUACUAGGUUUGGGGACAGGCCAAAACUUACACGCCCUUGGGGGUGUAAAGAAAAGGUCAGUCAGGGCAGUAUCUAAGGCAAAGUUGAGGUUUGCAAAGAAGUCAGACUUAAAAGGACUUUUCUCAUCUUGUCAGCUUAGCAUGAGUCUGAGGCCCUCCACCUGUGUGUGUUACCAUCAGAGCAGAUGCCAAGCAUGAAUGCAGGCUGUGGGCUGGUUAUGGAGAGGAAAGGCUAUUCCCAGCACCUGGGUGCACGUGCAAGGAACCUCAAGCGUGGCCAGAGCUUGGAGCGCAACGUUUGAUGAAAUCAUAGGGCAGCACAUUGAAAAAUUUUGUAUUAAAUACAUGACGAUGGAUGCUCCUGGAGUGCUAGCAAAAUACCCAGACAUCUUUGCUGUGGUGAUAAUCAUCAUCCUAACAGGGCUUUUAGCUUUUGGUGUGAAAGAAUCUGCCCUGGUGAACAAAGUGUUCACCUGCAUCAACGUCCUUGUCCUUGGAUUUGUCAUGAUCUCCGGCUUUGUGAAAGGAUCUGUUAAAAACUGGAAUCUGACCGAACAGGACAUUUACAACACCAGCCACAGCAUUUUCAAAGACAAUCAAACACAGGAAGGAAAGCUCUACGGUGUUGGAGGGUUUAUGCCCUAUGGAUGGAAAGGAGUUCUCUCAGGGGCAGCCACGUGUUUUUAUGCUUUCGUGGGAUUUGACUGUAUUGCUACUACAGGUGAGGAGGUAAAAAACCCUCAGAAGGCCAUUCCUAUUGGCAUUGUGGCAUCUCUUCUCAUCUGCUUUGUGGCUUAUUUUGGCGUGUCGGCUGCCCUGACGCUCAUGAUGCCUUACUACCAGCUGGAUACCAAUAGCCCUUUACCCAAUGCCUUUAAAUAUGUGGGUUGGGAUGGAGCCAAUUAUGCAGUGGCUGUCGGUUCCUUGUGUGCACUUUCUACAAGUCUCCUUGGCUCCAUGUUUCCGAUGCCUCGAAUAAUUUAUGCUAUGGCAGAAGAUGGACUUCUCUUUAAAUUUUUGGCUAAAGUCAACGAGAAGAGGAAAACUCCCUUAGUUGCAACAGUGACAUCAGGAGCUACUGCAGCUGUUAUGGCCUUUCUCUUUGACUUGAAAGAUCUUGUGGACCUCAUGUCCAUUGGGACCCUCCUGGCUUACUCCUUGGUAGCAGCCUGUGUGUUGGUACUGAGGUACCAGCCUGAGCAGCCUAAUUUGGCAUACCAGAUGGCUAGGUCAACAGAGGAGACAGAUAACAAUGAGUCUGUGAGCACCAGUGAAUCGCAGGCUGGGUUUCUGCCAGAGGAAGAGGAGAAGUUUUCCAUCAAAGCCAUACUGUGUUCCACAGAUUCAGAUCCUUCCAAAUUCUCUGGUUUGGUGGUGAACGUCUCAACCUUCAUCAUUGGUUUCCUUAUUGUGGGUAUCUGUAUCCUGACUUCCCUUGAGCCAAACAUUCUGAUAAACACUGUACAGAUUAUUGCUGCCAUCCUUGUUGUCACUAUCAUCUUCAUUAUACGGAAACAACCUGAAAGCAAAACCAAACUCUCCUUUAAGGUACCUUUUUUGCCCUUUCUUCCUGUUGGGAGUAUUUUUGUGAAUGUUUACCUCAUGAUGCAGCUAGAUGCAGGCACAUGGAUUCGAUUUGCAAUCUGGAUGCUCCUAGGCUUUAUCAUCUACUUUACCUAUGGAAUAUGGCACAGUGUGGAAGCCAGCUAUGCAGCCUCAGCAGAAGUGGAAAGAAACACAGACACCGGCUCAGACAGCUGUAAAUGACUGUUUGGCUUACGGGCGACUGAAAGAAUGGCUGCAGUGAGAGAAACUUUGUGGUGGGGAUCCCGAACCAGAUGACACCUGUAAUCAGUUAUGCAGGAAUAAGGAAGUGGAAUGCAGGCCUCCCCAACAGUUACUGCAGCCUGCAGUUUGUUUAGCAGCACAGUUAAAAGGGACCACAAGAUAAAAAGACACAACUCUGGCAUAUUCCCAGUAGCACUGGCAGCUCAUCUGGGGCUCUUCCCUCUCUCCCUCUCCCGUUUUGGUUUUUUUUUUCCCUGGUGUGUAGAAAGAGAACUGCUUCUGUGUGCAAAUGCUGCUAAGAAACCAGGCCUCACAAAUGUCCUUCUUUCAGUAGUCCCAGGAAUUACCUCCCCACAGAUAUUCUACUUGAUUAUACAUGGAGCAGAUUUUGCAGUGCUACUGUCAGGCAUAGACCAGGAUCCAUCCUUCACCCUAUAUGAGCUGUACCCUCUGUAUACAAACAGAAAAAAACAAAAGGUUCUCACUAAACACUAUAUUUCACCAGGCUAACAAAGCACCUGCAAGAUUUGCCUUCUUUAAAGUAUCAGGUCUUACCUUUUUUGUUUUAUUUGACUGGGUUUUUUAGCUACGUGCUCACGUGCUUUAAAGCACGUCACUGCUGUGAAACAUUGGCAAGGUUUGUGGUCGCUGGUUGUCAGGUGAGUGAUUGCUUGCCAGCACACAGGUGACACCAGCAGGUGAUUCUCCCAACUGUAUGCUCCACAGAGGAAUUUCCAACUUUAGUCAGGAAACCAUGUGGUGCAAGUACUGCAAAGGCUUGAAAACAACAGGUGUCUCCAAAGAGCAGUUCUGCCUCUUUGCCUCAGAAAUCACCAGUGGUGUAGCUGUAGUGGUGGGGGUGGCCAGCAGAACUGAGCUAGCUAUGACAGAAAGUGGAGCCCUCUGUUCCUCCCCCCACAUCCGUUUUGUGUGCUGGCUGCCUGGCAUUAGCAACUUUGGUUUGGCAUUGGUGGGUGGGGAACAUUCCUGCCCUGGAAGCACAGGAGGAUCCUCAGAGACACAAGGUUCUUACAGGAGCAAUGCCUGGUGUCUGCCCCCUGCCCAGGGGAAGCUGUGGUGCUGUGUACAGGCUUCUCAGUCCUGGCAGAGCCUGCAGCCCAGAAAACACCAUUAAGCUCUAGGGUCUGAUUUGCUGAGGGGAGCUUUCCCUUUGGGGCUGGAGAUAGCCUCCAGAGCCUGCCUGUAGUGAAAGGUGGGAAACUUGGAGUUGAAACCAGGGUCUAUAUUUGAUUGGCAAUGCCUUGGCUUGGGCUGUAAGGUGAUUUUUUUGUUUUAAUUCUCUCUAAUAGCUUUCCCUAGCCAAAUGAAUCCAUUACCCUAAAAAGGCUUAUUAAAGCACUGUGAAGGUGAGCCAUGCCCAAGUAAUGCCACUGAUCUAGAUUAACACUUCAGCUUGUACUGAAAAACAAAUCAUAGAACUAUGGAAUGGUUUGGGUUGGAAACGCGCCUUUGAAGAUCAUUUGGUCCAGCUUAUCUGACAUCAACAGGGAUAUCUUUAACUAGAUCAGGUUGCUCAAAACUCUGUCUAACCUGCUCUCAAAUACUUCUGGGGUCAGAACAUCCCAGAUGGAUGCUGCAGAAAUCCCCUUUCCCGAUGUGAGUGGAUGCUUUCCUAGGUGUCCUUCAUACUACUGCCUCUGAACACUGGACAAUCUUUAAUUUGUUUGUCAGCAUGGCUCUUGCUGAUGAAGCAACAGGCUUUUGUACCUGUCAUUGAGUUGGAGAACUGAACAAACUGAACAGACCCCUGCAUGACUUGCCCAGGGUCUCACCAGGCAUUUGAUGCAGCAGAAGGGGGAAUCAGACUAUCUCCUGGAUUACGUGGUUGGAUUUUGGACCAUUUCUUAUGUUUCCAAGAGACUUUAUAGCUUUUCUGCCUACUGAAGGGUUUUUAUCUUUUAAUUCUAGUACACUGGGAGGCUCUUCUUGUCAGGAUUGUAAUUUGAGGAAGUGAAGGCAAUGUGUUCUUUGCCUCUGAUGUGCACUUCAGGGUGUGUUGAGUGCACCUUGCCCCACAGAAUGAAGUUGGGGGCCUGCUCCAGUCGCUGCGUCUUGACCAUCUACCACGCCUUUGCUCCUUGUGCAUAUACAAAGUCUUACUCAAGCAGGGAGAGAUGAAUAUAGAAAUUAAAAGCCAUUAAGUUGAAGUCUAUUUUGUUUAAACACAGGCAAGGUCAACACACUCCACAGCUUCCCAAAAGGCACUGUAAAUGUGGUGGGAGGGCAACAAGAUGAAAACUAAGACAGGAUCAAAGUUUCGUAUUGUACUAAAAAUAUAAGGAUGUUUUUCCUACCUGGCUACCAGCUUCUAUUCAAUGAAAACAUGAAGCUUGUGUCCUUGCCAAAGCCCAUCUGUGCUGAGCAAGCCUGGUGAAAAGUCUUUCAGGAGGAUGUUGUCAGGCACAUUCCCAAGGUGGUAUAUGACCUGGUCCCUUUUUAAUCCGUGUGGCAAAGCCUGAGAAGUUCUGUAGCUCUCAUCAGGAGGGCAAGGUGAAGGGGCAGGGGAUGGGAUGUUGAAACUGAGUGAACUGGAACAUUGGGGAGUUCAGGUGUUUGCUGAUGAGCCUGAAUCACUGGCAGAAAUGUUCCCAUUACCAUAUGCUGCAGCAUGGCACUUUAAUGGAAACGUUGUAGACCACAAUCACUGUUCUGGGAGCCCCAGUCAUACGGGAAGCAUCCUAGAAAAUGAGUCCAUGGAAACUCAUAGCGUGUGAGCCUUUGUUACGUAACGCAGCUGACCAGCCCUGCUGCCAGGAAGCUUCUUUACCUUAAUGGGGUAACCCUCUAAUGCAGGGGGUUUUGCUUUGUUUCCCAUUCAUCCCAGUUUCUGUGCGCACAGAAAACACGACAGGACCUGCUGAUCUGUAUGCGUCAGCCCACAGGUGCACUGGCGCACGGAUUUAUUAUCAGGAAUAUAUUACACUUAUCUGUACAUCAUACUUGAAAUAAUACAAACUCUUCCUGUAACCAUUAGCCACAUAAUAAACGGGACCACAGAA